AAAUUGAAACAAGGGACUGCAUAUAUAGUAGUAUAUACCACUAAUACAUGAGAUGAAACCAACGGAUGGAGUGAAACCGCUUUACGCUGGAGUAAAAUGGAGGCAAGUUCUGGAGAAAGUAGUACCAAUAAUCAUAGACAAACAGUUUAAAAAUUGUUCUUCAAUGCCGAACGUAGCUGGUCUACUACAAUCUACUCCCAAAUGGGCGCAUUAAAAGUAACAAAAACACGACACCAAAAACAAAAAGGCAAAACAAUAGGUACAGUUUCUUCACUUUCUUGCCCAACCCUUUCUUUUUCUUUUAACUUUUUUCUUGAAAAAAGAGCACCCUUUUUGUUUGUCUGCUGAGAUUGAAAGAGGAGAAUGAUGAUGAUGAGUUAGGGGGAAGAGGGGGGGAGUGAAUGGGAGAUGGAGAAAGCAGAGGAAGAGUUAGAGAGAAGGAGUAAGUUCUUGAAUAGUUUGAUAUUGAAGAAGAAAUCAGUUGAGGAGAAACAGCAAAAUGAGCAUUUGAAUGUUCGUGUGAGAGCCUCAGAUAUGUCAAUUUCUCUGCAAAAUCAUGCCUUUAAGUGUGCAAGAGACAAUCUUGAUGCUACUAUGGCUUGUGGGAAACUUGACAGUAAACGCCUUGCUUUGGCUCUUAAAAAGGAAUUUGACUCAACAUAUGGACCAGCUUGGCAUUGUAUUGUGGGAACUAGCUUUGGUUCAUAUGUCACACAUUCCAUAGGAGGUUUUUUGUACUUCUCAAUUGAUAAGGUUUAUGUUCUUCUAUUUAGGACUGCUGUUGAACCUUUAGAUCAUUGACCAAAUAGUUCUUGAUUUCUACUCUCUAAUUUUUGAAAAAUUAAUUUAUGAGAGGUUUUUGUUUAAUUUGUAUGUUGGAUUAUACAGUCACCAAUGUGUUUGCCAUGCCAAAACUGAAAUUGUCCUUUUACUAUUUUUAACUAAUUUUAUAUAUGGUCAAUAAAGGAUGUGAUCUAGCGGUCAAUAAAAUUAUAAUAAA